AUGGGCUUGGACACCCAACGACCACCUCUUCCGGCACCUACUGAACCUUCGACUCUCAGCUCCGUAGACAACGACACUAGUCUCCGCGACGACGUGGACACCAACGUCUCGUCGCGUACCGACAAAACAUCUUAUUCCAUCCCCGAGGACGGCACCCCUGUAACCAUCAACACCACCAAGCAGCAAGGCGGCUUCCACAAGAAGUAUCCCUCGCAAACCUCGCUGCUCAUCGAAUAUUUUGAGGGCGGUAAGUCGGAAGGCAAGGUCCACUCGCGCCCUAGCGUCCGCGUGCGAGUCACACCGUCCUCCCGCAAAAACAAGUCUGCGACUGCGAACGACCACGUGCAGAUCACCCAGACGACCCGCAACACACGAAAGCCGCUGUAUACCCGGCGUGUAUCCUUAGGCAGCAAGCCCCGCGACGAACUUGUACACCACACCAACACCGACGUUUCUUACUCGGACGGCUCCAACGUUUCCUCAAUUCCGCCUGUCGAGAUCGAGGUCCUUCAGAACGCUAGCGACCUAUCUUUUAACGGCGGACGGUUCGUUCCAAUGGCAUCAGACAUAUCCUCUAUGCCCCCGGACAGUAUGUUGGAAGGCGAGCCUAUUAUCAAAACCCCAGGCCGUCGGCGCAGCCGCAGUCUGGAGCGCGACGAAGUUCUAGCAUCAAAGGACAUUUCCGACACGCUGAAGGCUCCCACGCGGCAACGCAGCAGGAGCUUGAGCAAGGAAAGGAUAACUGCUCGCGUAAUGGAGAAAUUGCAGCAAAAACCCACAGAAAGCGUCUCGCCCAAAUCUAAGCACAGAACAGGUAGCAGAGAGGAGCUCACUGCAAGUCGCAAGUCGCAUCGAAAGACGAGUAGAUCCCGCCGCGAAGAAGAGACGAGUGGCAUCAGCGGGACCGAGUCUAGCCUACUGUCUUCCAAUGUUCACCGUCGCUCCGGCGACACACAGUCUAUACGCUCGGGGGUUUCUGGAACCUCGUCGAUCAACAAUCCCAAGCUGCUUGCGACGGUUGAAGAUGCCAUCAAGCGUCUCAUUCUUCCUGAACUGACUGCCUUGAAAGAGGAACAGCGCACACAGAAGAACGCCGCAAAAUUCGAGACCAUGUCCCGCGAUAGCACUUAUGAGGCAGCAGAAUCGACAAAGUCCCGCGAUAGCUCUCGUCGGCGAGUGUCCAAGUCCUCAAGCGCGCCGCAUAUCCACGGUAGCAAACCAAAGGUGGUCCUAAACCGGGACGAAAACGACCCCGGUACCGUCCUCUCUGGAGGCUCGAGUCGCCAUCGACGCUCAAGCCGUGGCUCAGUGUCAGAGCGCAGCUAUGCUGAGUCCACCGAAGAGAAGAUUCGCCACAAGAAGAGCAAGGACAGCAGCCGCCACUCGACUCGUGACGCCGCUUUGGCAGGGCUUGCCGCAUCCGGACUGACUGCUGCGGCUUUGAAAGGCCACACUGCCCGCGAAGAGGAGAAGGCAGAACGCAAAGAAAGGAGAAAGCGACAUUCGAAGAGCCGAAGCAGGACAGCAAGUAUCUCAGAAAGUAUAGAAGACGAGGUUUUUGAAACACCGUUCACAGAACCAUCCGUACCUCCGCUUCCAAUCCUGCAGAGCGAAUUGCAGGGCUCUGAGUUGACGCGCGACUCAAUACUAUCAGCGGAAACAGAGACGCGGGAGCGUCCAGAGUCGAGUUCUUCAAGACACACCGGGGCGGAAACUCCACUCCGAGAAGUAGCGCGCGGAUUCGCUUCGCCAUCUCCACGCACCCCUACGCUUACACCUAAUACGACUACCCAGAGGAGCCUUGGAACUGCUCACAGUAAUCACUCGCAGGGUGCUCUCAGUGCUAAGAGUGACCGGAGUUACUUUUCCAGGACUAGAGAAACUUCAACGGCAGCCCAGGAAGCGGCAGCGGCCGCUAAAGCUCGCGCCAUUGAGCGCGCUGCACCGCAUAGCCCUCAAUAUGAAAUCGCUGAAGCGACACCCACAAGGGGUCUCAGCCCCAUCCAAAGCGAAGCCAGUUAUCGAGAGGAGGUGUUGGAGACUGGCUCUCCGCGUCAGCUGCGCUCAGUCCAUAGCGGUGCCUCUGUGUCCACAGCUGGGCGAAAGGGCGCACGGCCGCAGUCCACCCUUUCCAUCCAGUCUUUUGAAUCUUCACCAAGUACAAAGGCUGCGCGAACGCGGAAGCGCCCGCAAGGUGUGAGCCUGGAGCGAACGAAGGAAGUAUUGGGCGAGCCUGAUACUCCACGCGAUGUCGAUGAAUUCUUUGAGAAGAACCACGAGCAGAACGAGCAGUAUAGAAGGGAGUAUGAGGCCAGCUUGCGUGACUCACCCGGCGCCGACUCUCGACGAAUGACCGGUUACAGCGAGGAGGGCGAAGGACCUUACCCGGAGCGAGACGAACAACGACUUUCUCUGAGCCAGGACAUUCGCAAGGUCGGCUUGAACCCAGAAUACGUCCAUACACCUCUUGCUGUCGAGUCGGCAGUGGCAUCUUUGCUUGAACCUUCAAGCAUUAGUAUUCAAUCAUCAACCACAAGUCCUGUGAAAGGAAAGAGCAGGUUGUCACGCGUCAGCCCAAGUCCAGACUAUCAGCACAUCGCAGAAGGUUCCGAGCUGUCCGAGCUGCACGAACAUCCUAGCCAAGAAAGGUGGAAUGCGAUCCGCGGUCAAGCUCAAACCCUGGCUGGGAAGUCAGGAGCUGGCAGCUCGCCACGACAAAGUCUCUCUGUAUCACUUCAAGACGAGCCGCAGAUGAAUCAUAGCGCAAUACCAACCGGUUAUGUGGAGCCUGAAUAUGGAUACGGAGUAGACGAUGAAUCCGAAGUCAUCACAAACCCAUCCAUCAUCAACGGCCCUGGUGGCGCCCAGUACGAUGAUCGUACAGAGGAGCUUCUGAGCAGACAGGAAGAACGUGAGCAGCGAACACCAUCACGAUCUUAUGGAAAGGCUGCAGCUGCUGGUGCUGCGGCUGGACUCGCCGCAGCCGCAGCAGCUCGCUCACGGAAUGAAAGUCCCAUGUAUGAUCAACAGCGUGAUAGCAUGGCGAGUGACAAUUACGAACUGCACUACGAUCAGCACGAGCCAUUACAUUCAAAGAACUCGUACUCACGUGAGCGGACGCCCUCGCGGAGUCCAGCGCUUUGGAAAGACGAAGGCUACCAAUCAGCCCACCAACCUGGAGCUCACACACCAGAUAUGCGCCACCAGAGGCUUUACGAUGGGGAGAUGGACGAAUACGAUGAGUCACCCCUGGACGGCGGGGAUCCUUUCAGCACUCCCGAUGCUAAGCAUGCCCGUCACUUGAGUGGCAAUUCUCAUGGAAUGGCCUCGCCUCUCUACGAUUCAGCAACUGGAAAAGGCCUCGAUCGGAUUGAAUCGAAGGAUAUAGUGGCACUGAUGGACCACUUGACCGUGCGCGAUGCGCAAAGGAACGCUCGCGAUACUGAAAUUCUGGUGACUCUGGUGCGGAGUGCAGCCGAGAUGCGCAACACUUUCGAAGAGCUGAAACAGUUCAUCCGCGUCCAAGACUCUAUGGUCAUGAAUCACACCGACAAGCGUGUGGACUUGGCAGAGCAGCGCAUCAUUGGCGGUCCCCGCCCGCAGCCCGCAGGCUCUCCACGAGCUCCUCGAUCUUCCGCUGACGACCUUGACUACGAGACCAAAAAGAAGAAUGUGUUCAAACGCGCACUCAAGGGCUUGGGCUCCAAGGGAGACAAGGACAUCAAAAACAUCGAGGCCAUGCUCAUGCAACUUCUUGGAGAUGUAGAAGGUCUGAAGCAGGUGCACCAACUGACACUGGAUCAACAGCGCACAAAUAGCAUGACAUCUUACGAACACAUGCGCGCGAACGAUCCCGGUGCUCCCGAGUCUGGCUAUGAGCCGGAAGGCCGGGCAAACACCGCCUCAUCGCCAAACCAGUCUGGUUACUUGUCCAACCCUUCUACUUCGCGACGCAUACAAGAUCUGCACUCCGGAUACGACGUCCCUCAAACUCAACGGAUAAGCACCGUACACGAAGAGGAUGACGAGGAGUACCUGGAAGACGAACCUCAGUAUGAGAACACCGAACGUAUGACCACUCCGACACAGGAAGCUCGUCGUAACAACAGCCUCUCGCACGACACUCCUCCGCAAGCAGCAAAGCCGUUCCGAGAAUCUCAAAGCCAAGAGAACACGCCCAAGCGUAAGCACAAAUCAAACUCAUCCUCCAUCUUUGGCAUUCCGAAGAUCUCAAGGUGGUCAAAGACAACGGCUUCCACGAACCGCGACUCGGAAAGCCUGCCACGCAACAGUGGUUCAGGGGAGGAAAGGCGUCCGUACUCCAGCGGCUCGCGAUCCGGUUCCCGAGUUAACAUCCCCUUUGGCGAUGGGCAGUACGAGAUGAACGAGGAUGACCGAAUGCGAUCUACAGCCUCCCUCCCUAGGGAUGGACGUGAUUCAGUUCGGUCUCCUUCACCGCUUAUUCCCGAAGAUACGGAGCAGUACGCUAUGGAAGAUCCCAAAUACCAGGCUCAUCGCAAUUCUCUCAAUCUACAGCAUCCUCAGCCUAAGCAUGGUCCUACCGGCCGCCACACCAACCAGUUGGACCAGCAAGCCCGGAUAUUCGACCCAGUCCGGUCACCAGACUACUCGGAUCAGUGGGGCAGUAACCCUUCAUUGGCACGCAACCGCAUGUCUGGCGGCGGUGCUAGUUACAAUGCCGGUAACUUAUCGCCCAUCUCUUCAGAGGGGGGAUACAGCCAGCACUCAGCAUCCGAGCAACAAGCUCCUCCCAGGCCGCCCAAGAUCUUGGAUGACGGUCCUUUGAUUCCACCCCAGCAGCCGCUUGCCGGACACGGACAAGCGAGGCAGAUGUACAGCUCGCCUAAUGAGUAUGGCGGUCAGGGCACCCUGACGCCGUUGGCGCCCAUUCAAGAGGUGCGCUAUUCGCUCGAGACAGACAGGGGAGUCCGCUAUACCCCGACUCCAUCGCCCCGCCCGAGCUCUCAGAACCUGAGUAUCACAAGCCCGCAGCGCAAGAUCACGGGACCUCGUCCCAUGGGCAGCAGGAGCCCUCAACCUCAGCACGGUCAGACCGAGCUGCAACAUUCCGACACGGUUAUAAGAAGGAAGCCUGUCGCUGCAGACACCGAGAGCUUGGAGAGUUAUCGAAGCAGUCUUGACUCGGAGAUCUUCUAG